AUGGGCGGGCCAUUCCAAGAUCAAACGCAAGUGAACACUCAUCCUUGGAUUCCCGUACUGGAUUAUCUUACGAGCGAAUUCGGUUUACUGAACAGCUCUUAUGGCUUGGAUAUUAUUUCAAACCCAGAUAAUCAGAAGGGCGAUCAGAACUUUAUAAAAAUCGUCAGUUCUUACAUGAAAGUGCAGGGACCUAUGAACAACACGAUGAGCUUGCACUCUCAAACGAACUUGGUCACGUCCAUUCUCUUACAACGGAGACAGAACUUCCCAGACAAUAGAUGCGGUUUCUGUGGUGAAGCACGGUUGCCCAAUCCGUUGUAUAAACUAUUAUUAUUCGAUUAUAUGUUGGUAAUUGAUGAAAGGACCAACGCCUCUCGACCGGCCAAAUUCGCAACGGAGUAUGCUUCCAUCACGCACCUGAAUCGCAAUAGAGCACAAUAUGAGCUUUAUUAA